GCUACUGAGACUUGAUCUCCUGUGUGGGUUCAAGAGGACUGAGGAGAAAACCUGGGAUGCCAAAAGAUGGGAUCAGAAGGAGAAAUGAUCAACCUAAACGCUUCUAAUCCUGGCUUCAGAGGGGAAAAUGUAAUCAACAUAAACCAUUAUGCUACCAAGAAAAGUGUGGCAGAGAGCAUGCUAGACGUGGCCCUAUUUAUGGCCAAUGCUACACAGCUGAAGGCAGUACUGGAACAAGGACCUUCAUUCCACUAUUAUGCAGCUCUGAUAGCUCUCAUCAGCAUUUCCCUCUUCUUCCAGAUGACCAUUGGGAUCCUCCUUAUUGUGAUGGCUCGACUGAACCUAAAUGAUGUAACAAAACAACAGCGCCUGGACUUGCUCAACAAUAUUGCCACAGUCCUAGUUUUCAUCACGGUCAUUAUCAACAUCUUCAUUACGGCCUUUGGGGUGCAGAAGACAGGGCUGUAUCCAAACUUUUAUGGACGAAGACUCUACUGAUUCUUGA